AUGUGCAAAAGCUGUUCUUGUGGAAAUUCUUGUGCAUGUGGAUUGACUUGCGCUUGUGAGCAAGUCGUUCAACGUACCAAUACUGAUCCUUCUUGCGGAUCUAGCACAUGCGGAUGCGGAGAAAGCUGUACUUGCGCCGCUGGUAAAUGUUCUUGCGAAACCAAAAAAUAA